AUGGCUGACUUGCCUAAGGAUCGCAUUGCGGCCUCACGCGCCUUUAUUGUCACUGGUGUAGACUAUUGUGGGCCGUUCUAUUAUAAGCCAGAAAUGCGUAACAAGUCCCCUCAGAAAUGUUACGUUAGCGUUUUUAUCUGCUUCGCAACAAAAGCCGUCUGGAUGGAGUUAGUGAAGGACUUAUCGACCAGCGCCUUUAUCGACGCUCUAAAGAGAUUUGUUGCUACUCGUGGCGUACCCAGCUGCAUUUGGUCAGAUAAUGCAACAAACUUCGUAGGCGCAAGAAACGAGUUGAGUGAUUUGCGACGCCUAUUUUUCAGCGAGGAGCAUCGCAGCGAG